AUAGACUCCUUAGAUGAGAUCCAGCACGGAAGCGCUCAAUCCAGCAUGGUCGAAUGGUACAUCCAAGAUCCCUUCAAUGCUUUUCUGGAAGAUACCCUCGAUGGAGGACAGACGGAUCUAGGCAACCUAGACACCGAGAGCUUCACAAGGCGCUUCGAACAUCUAUCCAAUUUCGGUGGAAAUAUGUCGCAAGUUCGAUGGAUGACCACACUCUUGAACGCCGCGUCCCAUACAAAGGUUCCCCUACCAUUGGUCUACGCAAUCAGUGUUACUUGGAUAACCAUUUACGUCAUCUCGGUGGCAGUAAUGUUCUUCGCUGCAGUUUUCUCUCUCGUUAUGUGCUGGCUCUGUCACGCACCUCCAAUUCUCGGCUAU